CUGAGUUGGAUCACCGCGAUGUUCUCUCGGCGAUCUCGAGAAUUCAAGUCUGGCGAGUCGAGAUUCUCCACCGGAUCGGACAGCGAUGUCAAGAUCGAUGACAGCACAAUCCGAGCUGUGGAGACCUCUCUCCGCGAGGCGCUCACCCUCAAUAACGAGGAAGCGAGAGCUUUGCUGGGAAGAAUCGAGUUCCAGAAGGAGGAUUUCCAGUCGGCUUUGCAUAUCCUGGAAGGGAUCCAAGUCGACAAUAUAUUUCCUCGCGUGAAGUUCUUGGUCCCGGCCAAGAACAAGCACAAGCGAGGGAAAAUUCGCAGUGAGAUCGUCAAACACCAGCGUCGCAGCGAUGUUCCACAGCCGCUAACACUACAAUCGGCAAUCCUUCUUCUGGAAGGAGUCUACCUCAAAGUGAUGUCUCUGGAACACCUUGGUCGAUCAUCAGACGCUGCUGAAGUGUGCAACUUCUUGGUCGAAAGUUUUGAUGCAACGUUUCCUCACGGCCUUCCUGAUCAUCUAGCCGGCACGAAGAUCCAAGAGUUUUACAACAAGGUCUUGGAGUUCUUGCCCGAGUUUUUCAAGCGAGAGGGACACUAUGCCGACGCUGUGGUGUCGUAUAGAAAAGCUCUACGCAGCCACUGGGAGCCCGGCUCGAAAACUCUGUGCUCCUUGCAACUUGGCUUGGCCGUGUUACUCUUAUACGGUGGUUUCGAAGCGCCACCUUGCCCGAGUGGUGUCUACGAAGGAGACUUUGUUCCAAGCAACAGUGUGGAAGAGGCCAUCUUGUUGCUGAUAGAUGCUGCGACGAAAUCCAUGGUCGCUAGGACGCCGAGGUGCCUGGAAGUUAUGGAGCAUCUCUGCUUUGCUCUAGCGACGUGCGGGCAUUUCGAAGCAUUGGCACAGCAGUACGAGAGUGUGGUUCCGGGGAUUUAUAGCAGAACAGAAAGGUGGUUUAGCCUUGCGCUAUGCUACAUGGCCGCCAGAGAUAACAAGGAGGCUUUGAAUCUACUUCGGAAAGCUCUCGGGGAAGUGGAGAGGCCCAACGACGUUUCUUCUCUACUGCAUGCGGCAUCAAUCUGCUCGGGGAGUGCGAGGCUUGCUCCAGAGGGAGUGAAGUAUAGCCAGAAGGCGAUAGACAACGCUAAAGGUGAAAUGGAGUACUUGAAAGGCAAAGCUUGGCAGGUUCUCGGGAUCGUUUUGAGCGUCAAGGCCAGAGCUGCUGCGUCAAAUGCUGAGAGGUCUGCGAUCACCAAGGAGGCUCUUUCAGCUUGGCACGAGGCUUCCAAGCUGGAGCGUGUUGAUGCCAAGACGCUCUUCCACUUCGGCCUGGUUCACGCAGAAGAAGGAAAUCUCAGGGUGGCCAUGAAGAGCGCGAAGAAGUUUCUUGAAGUAAGCUGUGCGUCGGCAACAGGAUGGAGGUUCCUCGCUCUCGUGCUGUCUGCGCAGCAGAGGUUUCGCGAGUCGGAGCUUGUGAUUGAUGCCGGCUUGGAAGAGGUGAACUCCUGGGAGCAAGGGGAGCUGUGGCUCACGAAGGCGAAGUUACAGGUUGCUCAAGGCAAACACCUCGAUGCACUGGAAACUUACAAGCUACUCUUGGCACUCUCGGCUGAGAAGAAGACGAGCAUCCCCGAGCUGACCGUGUGGCGAGAGAUGGCCGAUGCCUGCAUAGCUUUGUCUCAGUGGAACGAUGCAAAAAAUUGUUUGGAAAAGGCCAAGUGUUUGGACGUGGCUUGCGCGGGUACUUGGCAUGGAUACGGUUUGUUCUUCAUGGCUCAAAGCAAGAGCGACGAGGCACUAGCAGCAUUCGACACUGCUCUCACUUGCGACCCGGAGUACGUAGAGAGCAAAGUCCAGAUUGGAGCUGUGCUAAGCGGCUAUGGUGGAAAGUCCCUUCCGGUGGCCAGGAGCUUCCUCAAUGACGCUCUCCGGCUUGAGCCCAGGAAUCCAUCGGCGUGGUUCCAUCUCGGGGCCGUGCACGAGAUGGAAGGCCGGAUGGAGCAAGCCGCCGAGUGCUUCCACACAGCUUACAUCCUCGACCAGUCUCUCCCGGUGGAGAGCUUUGGAACUCUCCUGGAGAUCAAGAGGGGACAAUAGAGCGCUCAAACUUUUCAGGCUUUGCAACUCUCCUGGAGACCGAGAGGGGGCGAUAGAACUCUCUCUGGAUCAAACAAUUCAAAGAACAGUGGAGAGCUUUGCAACUCUCCUGGAGAUCAAGAGGGGACGAUAGAGCGCUCAAACGAUUCAAAUUAUAAAAAGGAAUAAAAUGGCGGUGUCGAGACUUCGAAUAUUCCAACA